CAAGGAUCUAUAAGGAGCUAGCAAGUUCAUAAAACAAAACAAAAAUAUUGAAUUGAAGAGCUGAGGUUUAAAGGAACCCAUCUGUAACCUUCUGGUGCAUUUCAGGGGAACGCUAUGGUAUCGAAUUUUUGAGAGAUUUUUAGCCGUUGGACGUAACCAUGAUCAAAGGAAAAUCAGGGAAAGCGGAUUUAACACCAUCCACCCGCUUUCAAGUGAAAUAUCUUGGCUGUGGAAAAACAGAAGAACCUGGCGUCGCUGGGAUAGAAAAAGCAGUUCGCAAAAUACUAGAACAAGUGAAAGACGAUGAAAAGAACUGUCCGAAAAUGUAUUUAGAAGUCGGAACCGACGGCGUAAAAUUCACGGAGGUGAAAAGCAAGUCCACAAUGAAGGAAUCAAAGUUUAUAUCGCUGGAGAAUAUUUCCUAUUGUACUUUGAACAGAAUUGACGCCACUAUCUUUGCAUUUAAUCACCACCAAGGUCCCUCAGUGGUCGAAUGCCAUGCGUUGGCCUGUGAUAGCGGAGAGAGAGCAAAAGCCAUUGGAUUGGCUUUCUAUGCCGCUUUUCGCGAAGGACAUUUUCAAAAGUUGCGCCGAGAUAGGCGCAAGUCCUUGGAGCAGAAGCACUUCGAGAGGAGAACAAGUUUUGAUAAUUACGACCGCAACACCUCCACCAAUACCAACACUGAAAAGUCAUCUUUAAACGUCGCGAAAGAUUGCUCGAAUGAAGAUAAUUCAACGAACGAUGAUGGGCAUUUUGAGCCGUGUCGAGACAAUUCAGAGGUAGAUAUUCAUAGCAAUUACGAGGAGCAAGAUCUUGAAUUGGAUAAAAUUAUUGAGGAUCUUCUGUCGACAGUGGAAUUAGAAAGGGCGAAAAUUGAACAAGAUUUCAAUAGUAAAGGAUAAGCAAUUUGCUGGCCCCAUAUUGUUUCUACAGUAAUGAUAUAAUAUCGCGGGAAAUUAUGUUUGUAAGUACCAUUGUGAAAGGCGUUUUAUUUUUUGCUUUUAACAACGAAUAAGUAUAAUUUUUCAUCAAGCCUUUUCGUUAAGUAUGGCCAUUACUGCGCCAAAAUUACUAGUCUCCUUAAAAUAAGGCUUUAACGAUCAUUUCCGAGAAGGAAAUUUGUUUUUAAUCUUUAAUUAAGACGCAGAUGAAAAGUGACAUGUUAGCUUCCUUUGUAUUCAGUUGAGACAGAAUAUUUUGUUGAUGCUAGCUUUAGGCAAUAGAAAUGGAUUGCUGAGUCAGAUGACAGGUUACUUCUGAGUUAGACGUCAACACCUACAAAUUAUUCCAUUUAAUGUUGGUUUCCAAGGUAAAGUCAGUUAAUUUUUUCAUUUCAAAAUGCUUUGACUAGUCUGCGCUGAAAAGAAAUGCUUUGUCUCUGACAUUAAAUUUCUGUAAAAUAGUUUUAUGCAAUUGUUGGCUUCGACGCUUAUAAGUAAUGCUGUUAUAUCAUUCAGCUGCCAUUUCACUGACUUUUACAAUAUUUUAUGCGCACCAGAUACCUGAGAUAUAAGAAUUUCAGGGUGAUUGAAACAGCAAAGCCAAUACAGCACUUGGUUCCGUUUGGCUUUUAAAAGUUUUAAGCUUUCAUCUUGUCAUAUGGUUGAUUCAUAUUGAUUGGUUAAUGUUCUCCCAUAUCGAUUCGUGACGUGAAAUGUCACGGAAGCAACGCAACACGCGACCACACAUGCAAUAUCACGGAGAUUGAAAACUACUUAGCAGAAGUUACAAAAAAAGACUAAUGAAGUGAUAAAUGUUGAAAUCGUUCGACAAAUAAUCUUCUAUAGAACUGGUAUUGGUUUCAACACGACUCUACGAUAUAAGGAUCAAAACUUUCAUUUUGUUUUUCUAAACCUUCUUAACUGGGAGACUCAGGGAUAUGAUCAGAACGAUAGCCCCGAUUUCUUGGCGCCACAUUAACCAAACUUGCUAUAUAGUUUGCUGCGUCAUUGUGAAACAGUAAUUGCAGCAAUCAGAGUAACUACUGCUCAUUGUCUUCGAAUAUUAUGCUCUGAUUUAUAUUUCUUCCUUCCUGAAGAGAAUGAAGGGUGAUUUACCGCAAAAAGUAUAGCCUUACAAUACACGCUCCAAAGUCUUUUCGUGACUUUACCUGAUAAGUUUGAAUAUUUUCAUUACCAGUUCCCCCCCUGAAUAAUGUAUGGUAAUUUAGGGAGAAGUUGCAUGGUGAUCACUUCCGGGAGUUAGAGGGUUAAGCGACGGGAAAAAAAAAAAGAAAAAUAACACGAAGACAGAGGUAAACACGUAAACACCUGCCACGUAAACACCUUCUGAAAAAAUAUGUUACUAAUUAUCAUCGGCCAAAAUGCCACGCAGAGGCAAUAACAUCGACUUCAAUUAAGUGGCAGCUUUUCCCGAGUUCAUCGGCAGGUCGCUAACAAAGUUUGGCGUAUACCUGAUUUUUCGAUAAUCCACUAUCGUGUCCAGUAACUAUUUUCCCAAAGUAAGAAGGAUAUCGGCAAUUCACCUGGUUAAAUAUAAGAUUUAUAUUCGAAAUUUUCAAUUAUUUUUGUUCUUGGGGC